GUCUGUGAUGACUCUCAAAGAAGAGGAGCUCACUCACGAGCUCGGAGGUAGUUGUAGCUGCCAAGUGCCAACCUCUUUUUAACGCCAUUCAAUCCCCCAAUAUAUACCGCCCCUUCACCCCACACCAAAACUCAUCUUCUUCUUCCUCUCAUCUUUCACUUUUUUCUCCACCAAACCCAAACUCAAACAUUAAAAAUUCUCAGGCAGAUCGCUAGAGAGCAUAUAUCAGAAUGGCCCCUACUCCUACUACUCUGACCGCCAUAGCGGGGGAGAAGACCCUCCAACAGAGCUUCGUCCGCGACGAAGAUGAGCGCCCUAAGGUGGCCUACAACCAAUUCAGCAAUGAUAUUCCGAUCAUUUCCCUCUCCGGCAUAGAAGAGGUCGAAGGCCGCCGCGCUGAGAUUUGCAAGAAGAUUGUUGAGGCCUGCGAGGACUGGGGCGUUUUCCAGAUUGUUGAUCACGGCAUCGACCCCAAGCUCAUCUCGGAAAUGACUCGUCUCGCCAGAGAGUUCUUCGCUUUGCCGCCGGAGGAAAAGCUCCGUUUCGACAUGUCCGGUGGCAAAAAGGGUGGCUUCAUCGUUUCCAGCCAUUUACAGGGAGAGGCGGUGCAGGAUUGGCGCGAGAUUGUGACCUACUUCUCAUACCCGGUGCGCCACCGUGACUACUCGAGGUGGCCGGACAAGCCCGAGGGGUGGAGAGAUGUGACAACGCAGUACAGUGACGAGCUGAUGGGGUUGGCAUGCAAGCUAUUGGAGGUUUUAUCAGAGGCCAUGGGUUUAGAGAAGGAGGCAUUGACGAAGGCAUGUGUGGACAUGGACCAAAAGGUUGUGGUGAAUUUCUACCCGAAAUGCCCCCAGCCGGACCUCACUCUCGGACUCAAACGCCACACGGAUCCCGGUACCAUUACCCUUUUGCUGCAGGACCAAGUCGGUGGACUUCAGGCCACCAGGGACGGCGGAAAGACGUGGAUCACCGUUCAACCUGUGGAAGGAGCUUUCGUGGUGAAUCUUGGAGACCAUGGACAUUUUCUGAGCAAUGGGAGGUUCAAGAAUGCUGAUCACCAGGCGGUGGUGAACUCAAACCACAGCAGGUUGUCCAUAGCGACAUUCCAGAACCCAGCUCAGGAGGCGAUAGUGUACCCACUGACGGUCAGAGAAGGAGAGAAGCCAAUUCUGGAGGAGCCGAUGACUUACACUGAGAUGUACAAGAAGAAGAUGAGUAAGGACCUUGAGCUAGCCAGGCUAAAGAAGCAUGCAAAGGAGCAACUGCAGGAUUCAGAGAAAACCAAACUUGAGGCCAAGCCAGUGGACGAUAUCUUUGCUUAAGUGCUAUGUGUCUCUCUUAAUUUGUUAUUUAUGACUAGCUAGUGUGAUAUCGAGUGAGUACCUUUAUGCAUGUUUGGUUAUGGAAUGAAAUGAAUAGGUCAAAAAUAAAACGUUUAUGUUCUGGUUAUGGAGCCUCCAUGCAGAGCUAUUACUGCUGUGCCAAAUGCAACAACCCUAGUACAAAUUUAUCGGGAAAAAAAAAAAAACCCCUAGUACAAAUUAAAAUGCAAUAAAUUGGCCAAAUACAAAAUAUACCAAUUAAUUGGUUGGUAUAGAUGGUACCACAUCGUGAGUAUACAAGAGGAAAGGAGCUUGCCAGCAUGUACCUUUUCUCUAUUU